AUGCAUGGAGCAACCUUCAAGUCUUCUGCAAGACUGGAAAACCUAAAGAGCGACCUCUCUGAAGACCUCUCUGAAGACCUCUCUGAAGACCUCUCUGAAGACCUCUCUGAAGACCUCUCUGAAGACCUCUCUGAAGACCUCUCUGAAGACCUCUCUGAAGCCUCUCUGAAGACCUCUCUGAAGACCUCUCUUACCCACAGGAGAGGUCCUGAGGCCAAGGGGAAUGUCAGGAUCGACCCCACCAGCAUCUCCUUCGGCAUGUGGAAAGACAUUCCAGUUCCUUUCUACAUGUCAGUGUACUUCUUUGAAGUGCUGAACCCCAAGGAGGUCCUCCAGGGAGCGAAACCAGUGCUGAACGAGCGUGGACCUUACGUUUACAGAGAGUUCAGGUAUAAAACAAAUAUCACAUUCCAUGACAAUGACACUGUCUCCUUCCUGGAGUAUCGGCAACUCUUCUUCCAGCCAGACUUGUCCCACGGCAGCGAAGACGAGUACAUUGUUCUGCCAAACAUUUUGAUGAUGGGAGCAGCUGUAAUGAUGGAAAAUCUGCCAAACUUUGUGAAAUUUUUACUGAGUGGAGCCCUGGCUGGCAUGAAACAGGAGGCGUUCAUGAACCGGACAGUGAGGGACAUCAUGUGGGGGUAUGAAGACCCUCUUAUCGACACAAUAAAUAAGCUUGUUCCUGGCCUGAUCCCUUUCAAGGGGAAAUUUGGCUUAUUUGUACAGCUCAACAACUCCAAUUCAGGACUGUUCACAGUGAACACGGGCAUGAAGAACAUCAGUAGAGUUCACAUGGUGGAUUCAUGGAAUGGACUAAAGAAGGUGAACUACUGGCGGAGCAAUGAGUGCAACAUGAUCAACGGGACCUCAGGGGAGAUGUGGCCACCGUUCAUGUCCCCAACAUCACUGGAGUUCUACAGCCCUGAUGCCUGCAGAUCCUUGACGCUGGUGUACGAGCAGUCCGGGAAGUUCCAGGGUGUGCCCACCUAUCGCUUCGUGGCACCAAAAACUCUCUUUGCCAAUGGCACGGACUAUCCACCCAACGAAGGUUUCUGCCCCUGCAUGCAGUCCGGCAUCCAGAACGUCAGUUCCUGUAGGAUGAAUGCCCCGAUGUUCCUUUCCCAUCCCCACUUCUACAAUGCUGACCCAUCCCUGGUCGACGCCGUUGAAGGCCUCCACCCCAGUGAGGACCAGCACGCGCUCUUUCUCGACGUGCACCCGAUGACAGGCAUCCCCAUGAAUUGCUCUAUCAAGCUCCAGCUGAAUCUGUACAUAAAGCAGGUACCUGGUAUAAUUCAAACAGGGAAGGUUAAGCCAGUGGUCCUGCCGCUGCUGUGGUUUGCAGAGGUGAUUGGUUCCAUUGAAGGCUCAGUCCUAAACCAGUUUUACACCAACCUGGUGCUGAUCCCAUCGCUGCUGGACUACCUGCAGUAUGUCCUCCUUGGGCUGGGUGUCCUGCUCAUUAUCUCAGCAGCUGUACUCAUGGUAACGCAUCAGAGAGCCACCACUGAGAAGAGCCCGUGCCACCCCACCACACAGAGCAAACCACCCUCCUCCUCCGAGACAACCCCGCUCCUGCACGACGCUGGCACGCUGAGCCAGGACGACGCCGAAGCCUGA